CGCUGAUUGGUCGGGAGUAAAUCGGAUUGCGCUCUGAUUGGCCGGCCCCAGCUCGUCAGGCGGUGCGUCAGCCCAAGCAGCACUGCCAUCAUGUUUCCCCCUCCUGGUGGAAAUAACAGUGCUUUAAGGAUGCUGGAGCGAAGCGGCAGCGUAUCAUCAGGACCACAAGUGUGAGUGGGAUGGAGACACUGACAGAGAUGUAAAUGGAGAAGCAAAAGUGUCACCAAGAGGAAUUGGACAUCAAUCGGAUUUUAAAGUGCUCCGCAUUAAAACGCAAACAGCAUCACUUCUCUCUGAAGUAAUCCAUUACUGACAAUUAAUGUCAAACUGCGCGCUGGAGCAGCUUCAUGCUGCCUCGCCAGAUGAAACAUUGCUAAUGGAAAGAAAGCCUUAUAAGAUCCAGCUCAUCAAAAUACACCUAAAUGCAGCAUAAUGCCUUCAAAAGUGUCAUGUUUAUACCUGUUGACAGUGGUCUGCUGGGCGAGCGCUCUGUGGUACUUGAGUAUAUCUCGCCCUACGUCCACUUAUGUCGGCCAUAUGUCCGUGCCUAUACGUAAGACUGUGAAAAAAGUCAACAACAACAUCACCUUCACCAACAUCCGCACCCGCCCCCUUAACCCACAUGCCUUUGAGUUUGUCAUCAACGAGGAGAAGAAGUGCGAAACUGUCACUCCCUUCCUGGUCAUCCUCAUCAGCACCACGCACAAGGAGUUCGAUGCGCGGCAGGCCAUCCGGGAGACCUGGGGGGACGAGAGCACCUUCAGCGAGGUCCACAUCCUCACCAUCUUUCUACUGGGCAGGAACACAGACAACGUCCUCAACCAGAUGGUGGAGCAGGAGAGCCAGAUCUUCCAUGACAUCGUGGUGGAGAACUUUAUCGACUCCUACCACAACCUCACGCUCAAGACCAUGAUGGGCAUGCGCUGGGUGGCUACGUUCUGCCCCAAGGCGCAGUACGUCAUGAAGACAGACAGCGACAUCUUUGUCAACAUGGACAAUCUGAUCUACAAGCUCCUGAAGCCCACCACCAAGCCAAGGAGGAGAUAUUUCACCGGCUAUGUUAUAAACGGUGGUCCCAUCAGGGACAUGCGCAGUAAGUGGUACAUGUCCAGGGACUUGUACCCUGAGAGUAAAUACCCUCCUUUCUGCUCGGGCACCGGCUACGUGUUCUCAGCAGACGUAGCCGACUUAAUCUACAAGACUUCCUUACACACGAGACUGUUGCACCUGGAGGACGUGUAUGUGGGACUGUGUUUGCGUAAGCUGGGUAUACACCCGUAUCAGAACAGUGGUUUUAAUCACUGGAAAAUGGCCUACAGUCUGUGCAGGUACAGACGGGUCAUCACUGUGCACCAGAUCUCCCCGGAGGAGAUGCACCGCAUUUGGAACGACAUGUCCAGCAAGAAGCACCUGAGAUGUUAGAGGACAUGAGGACCACUGAACUCCGACUUAACUUUUCCUCCUUUUUAAUUUUUUGCCUUUUUCCUCGAGUUUCAUCACACUGAGAAAUGUAAACACGUUGAGGGCUGCUGCUGCUGUCUUGAUUUCAUGACAGAUGUUUUCAUCAACAUCCAUCCAUGUCUGUUUCUGCUGAUUACACCUCUCGAUUGUUAAUGAAUGCAUGAGGCUUGUAAAGCGUGUAUUCUCAUGCAUAAUCAAAAUGUAGUCUUGUUACUGAAACUGUUUUUUUUUUCUUGUUCAUGCAUUAAGUCAAUCAGAAUAAACGGUGCAAUAUGUAAAAUUUUAGUCAAAAACAUUUAAAAAUGAACUAAAAUUAUCACCAGAAUGAGAAGAUAUAACAGUUUCUGUAUUGUGCGACAGUGAUCUACUGAAGUUAGCGUGCUAACCAGCUAGCCAAGGCCCGUCCUGUGUCAUAGUACUGCACCGUGCUCCCAGUCGGACCACUAACUGCUCGGCAAACCUGAGAUAACAAGCUAACAUCAGCCACAGUUAGCAGAAGUCAGCGGUUGCUCUCGCGAUACGCUGCCACCUGUUUAUCUGACAUAAACUCAACAUGCUACGAAUUCUUACAUGUUGCACCUUUGAAGUGACAGUUCACCCCAAAAUAUCAAGAGCAACACAUAAAUACCUUCUUUCACGUAGUGCUGAUUUCUCCAUCAACAUUACGUUUUGGUGUGAGUUGCAGAGUUUUGGAGAUAUCGGUUGUAGAGAUGUCUGCCCGCUCAUGAAUGUAAUGGAACUAGAUCUGCUUGUGUUCCUCAAAGCGCCCAAAAAAUAUAUAUACAUGCGUAGUAUAUUUGAAAAACCCAACAGCAAUGACUCUUUACAUAAAUCAGGACCCAGUUACUGAAGGUAAUCCACAGACCUUGUUGUGAGCAGUUUCAUGUUUCAAGGAAGCGUUGUUAGUACCCGAUCUGUGCCAGCUGCCUGAUCGAUUCUGCCCGAUGCACGAAAACAAAUAUUCCGUCUCAAAAAGAAGGUUACGUGACGUGGAUGACUGAUGAGAAAAUGAUCCUACUGUUGCUAAAUCUUUUAAAUUAAAGGAACAAAAAAGUCUGCCUUUGCAAAUUUGCAGUUUAACAUUUACUGUGGGAAGUUUGGUGAAAUUAGGAUGUAUACAAUUCAGUUAACGGUUAAGAAUAUAGAAUUUACUCAAGUGUCUUUCAGACAUCCUAUCAGAGAUGUCAGCAGAUGACAGUGCCCCCUUACAGUUAAAUACACUUCAACAGGAACUAGGUUUUAUAGAGAGACAAAGGUCCUUUUAUACCAGCCACAUUAAAAUAGCAUGAGAAUACAAGAAAGUAUUGUUUUAAUACAGGGAAAAAAAGAGACAGAGAAAUUCGGUAUCUAAAUUAAAAUAGCUGGGGGAUAUGUAUAUACACGAUAUAUCUGACAAUGGAUCAUUAUUUGUAUAAUGUUUUAUACUGUGAUUAUUAUGAACAGCAACUUUCAUAUUGAAAAACCCUCUGAAACAUGUGGUUUUCAUAUUUUGAUUGAAUAAUAAACUUGAUACACAUAUCACUCUCUAUAUUAAUAUUUCUUUAAGACCAUAAUUAUCCUAACACAGUAAAUGAAUGCAUUUGCAACCAUUGUUUUGCACAGAAACUCUUACCAUCCUGUGGUUGUCAAAUCAUUUUGAACAGGCACAGAACGGACACGUCCAUGUCGGGCACUGAUGAGCACAACAAGCUGAGAGAGGGCCGUCAUUUCUAAGGCAAACUCACACCAAAACAAUCUCGACUGGAUGAAAAGCACUACAGGCAAGAGGAAAAAUAUGUAUUUUUUUUUUAUUUUGGGCGGGUGAACUGUCCCUUUAAGCGCAAAAGUAGUGUGGCCUAAUGAGUGGAGGCGCUGUUUAAAGCAGGCGACCUUGGUUCGAGCCCUCACACUGACAUCCCUCUGCCCUGUUAAAGUGUCCUUGAGCAGGACGCUGAAUCUCAAGCAGCUGCACGGCCGCUGCCCGACUGACCCCUCCUGCAGGGGUGAGGGCUGAAGGGGAUUUCUGUGCAGGAAUCAAAAUAUUAAAUUGCUUUAAAUUAUGCUUUUAAAAAGUAUUAGCCACAAAUGAAUGGAGAGCUCCCGAAGAAAUGCAAAGUUAAUCUAAUCCAACAACAAACCAGAACUCUCUGUUGAGAUAAAACUGCACUGAUGCUAGUGCUGCUGUCCCCUGUCGUCUUUAUCACGAACAGAGAGUGCGGAUCUAAAAAUAAAAGCUGCAGGAUGUCAUCAGUCUCCAAACAGAACCAAGUUUUACACUUUUCAAUCAAUACUUUUUCCUCCAGCAUCGGUAAUAAGGAAGUCAUGGCUGAAUUCCCCGGAUGCCCUCUUCUUUUUCAGCAAAUGUCUGAUGUUUUCCUCAACACGUUCUCAUAAUUUCACUGCCUCCUCUCUCUGUAAAAGUCAGCUGUGUAUUUGGGUUUGUUUUUUUGUUUUUUUUUCAGAUUCACUUUGCUUUUUUUCCCCCCCUCCUCUCCUUGACUUUUUUUUUUAUAUAAGCUAAUUGUGUUUUGCAGCUCCCAGCCCCUCAUUACUCAAGCUGCUGCUCUUGGUUAUGUAUUCUGUAAGUCAGCAGCUCAUCAACUCCUCCGCACAUCAAGAGAAAUACAGUACCAUGUUGUGCAAGUAUGAGUUCAAUUGUAACUACAGGAUGUAUUAUCAUAUGUACCUGGCAUAUCAGUGAUUACCGAAGCACUGCUACUGACUUUUUGUUUCCUCAGCAAACGUGGCUUUCAUUGCCAAAAUUUCCUCUUUUAUUUUCAGAAGUUUUGUAGUAUUAUAAGCGGACGUGACAUUAACUGUGAAAGCAUCUAUCCCGCAAGGGGUUGUUGUCAUAUAUUGUAUGUUUUUUAUAUUAAAAAACAAA